AUGGAGAGGAAACCGUCGAAAUGGACGUCCCGCCUGCGCAGGCUCGCCCUCCGCCCGGGCACUCGGAAACAACAACAAGAAGAAGAAGAUAACUCGGAGCCCGUCCUGUAUCGAAGGACCCCGCCUCAGAACGACGGGGAGCCCCCCGGGCACCAGCGGAGCUCAAACAGUUGGCGCAGGAGCAUCGUUAAGAUGCACUCGAGCGUGAAGAGCGCUUUCAAAAGACACGGCAAUCGAACGCCCCCUCCGAUAUCGGAGGCCUCUCGUAACGAUAACCGAAUCACGUUGGCUUCGAACGUACAACCCAAGGAAAACGCCUACUCGAUCGAACCGAUCGGAAGGACUUCCCCCAUUGGAGGAUCCAUCGAAACCACCACCUCAAAUCGAGAACCGAUCGAAGAGGCAGCGGACGGGGCGUCGCGACGCCGCCUCCUCGACGACGUUCGCGCGUCGGAGGCGGGUGGGCGGUGCAACGCCGGAGGAGGAGGAGGAGGCGGGACCGGUGGAGGGGGCGGAGGGAGAGCCCCCACCAGCGAGAUAGCCAGCCUGUCGAAUUGCUAUUGGUAUUGGGGCCCGAUAUCGAGAUCGCAGGCCGAAGAACGAUUGAAGGAGUCGCCGGACGGGGCGUUUUUGGUGCGCGAUUCGACGUCCGAUAGAUACCUAUUCACGAUGAGCUUCCGUAACGUCGGCAAAAUCCUUCAUUGUCGCAUCGAUCACGGCCCAACCGGUUACGCCCUCUUCGAUCACAUCGGUUACGAAAGCGUCAUCGGAUUGGUCGAGGACGCCGUCGAAAAAUCCCGAACGGGCGUCUUUUGUUAUACGAAAACAAAAGACGACGUUCGACCGAAUUUUCCCGUUCGUUUGACGUUGCCCGUUUCACGUUAUGAAAAAGUACCGGAUUUAAAAUAUUUGGCUCGUUUCGUCAUUAGACGUUUAGUAAUUGUCGACGAUGCGGAUAAAUUGCCGUUACCUUCGAUUUUGGUGGAUUAUUUGAAAGAGGAGGGAUCGUAUUUUUAG